UUUGCCAAGUGAUGCUACUGCAGUCGGACAAGUGGCGAUGAAAAGUGUCGAAAGUAUAAGUACAGUUGGGCAUUCAGUGACUUUGAAAGAAAUUAUUGAAGAGUGUAGAGCAUUCAUGGCAAACAAAAGUGAGGCGCUGUAUAUUGUAAAAGAAAAAAUGAGUGAAGUUAAAAAAGAAGUGCCGACAGUAAACACAGUGGAAAAGCUGAAGUGCAGUAAAAAUACUGAAAGUGAAAAUGAAAGUGAGUGCAAAAAAGAAUGGACCAAACCAAACGUCAAGUAUCAACAAAAUUUCAUUCAGAAGAAGUGUAGUCAUUGUGGACGGUUUGGUCAUUGGCGGAUGCAGUUUAAGUUUUUGAAUGAUAAAGAGUAUCAGCCGAGAAGGCAGUGGAAUAAUGGUAAUAAUCAUCAUCAGGUUCUCCAUAUACGGAUGUGCCUUACACCCCUUGCCCACCUAGACCGUCCCUAA